AUGUCUUUGCCUUCGAACAAGCAGCACAAGACCAUUGGCGAAGAUUUAUGGAAAGCGAGAACGGAGAAGAUUAACGCGGAAUUGUUCACUUUGACAUAUGGAGCUUUGGUCGUCCAACUAAUUCAAGAUUACGAGGAUUAUGCGGAAGUCAAUAAACAAUUGGAUAAAAUGGGGUACAAUAUCGGGACCAGGUUGAUUGAAGACUUCUUGGCCCGGUCUUCGUUGGGACGAUGCAGCGACUUUAGGGAAGUAGGAGAGGUUGUGGCAAAGGUUGGGUUCAAAACAUUCCUGAAUAUUGCACCUACAGUAGUACACUCGAAUACAUCAGCCCCCGCCACAAAUGGUGCAACAGGAACAGGGUCAACGCCAACUUUUAAUCUGAUCCUUGACGAGAAUCCUCUCGCUGAUUUUGUUGAGCUGCCUGAUGAAGCACUUCAAGGGGGACUAUGGUUCUCGAAUGUCUUGUGUGGUGUGUUGAGAGGGGCGCUUGAGAUGGUUCAGAUGCAAGUUGAAGCGACUUUCAUUUCGGAUGUGCUCCGAGGAGACGAUGCAACCGAAAUCCAGGUCCGCUUGAUCAAGUACCUUGAAGAGGAGCUACCAGAGGGGGAUGAAUAA